CUGAAGUGAACGCCGGGUUGUCCUCUCCCCGUGCGCUGCAGGCUGUGCUGCUUGGCGUGGUGGAGAUAGUGGGCGUAAAAGUGGGUCCAACUCCUGCUAAUAGAUACAAAAACACAGAUUUGUGACAACGAAUCCAAAGGCCAAACUGACCAAUCAGUCAAACAAAAAACCACGGAACAUGGGCAAACACAGAACUGCGCAGCAAGAUGCCAUAUUCAUCGCAUUUAUGGAGAGACACCCAAUGAUAGCCAAAAACUACCUCAAGGGUGAUAAGCUGGCAGCUGAAGCCGCCUGGAAGCGGCUUUCAAAGGAGUUAAAUAGCUUGGGUCCGCCUGUCAAAGAAGUUUGUGAGUGGAAAAGAGUAUGGAAAGACUGGAAAAGCUGCAUUCGUAAAAAGAUUAACAAUAACAGGCUGGAAGAUUCAAAUGCCUGCGGCAAAGGCUCGCUGUAUCAGGAUACACUCCCUGCUCUAGAGGAUGCAGUGGCCGUGAUCUGUGACUUGUAUGAUAAGCCCGACAGAGUAGUCGAAUCUCGUCCAAAGGCACGUCCUGAAAUUUCCAACCGUUUGCCACUGCAGGACAUCAAGACCGACCACGACGAGGUCACAGCCACAGAUGACGAUGAUGAGGAAGAAGAUGACUGCUCCAGCCGGAUCAAUGACAGACAUAUGGGCGUGAAAUUGGAGCGCACUAGCACUUCGCAAACUCCAUCUGCCAAAAAGCGCAAGCUGGUUCAAAAUGAUGUAAAUGAAUUAGAAAUUGAACACGAGAGCACGGUGCCGAUGCUAAUGGACAUUGCAAAGGAGCUGCGGGACAUGAAUAGACAAACUCGCUUGAACGCCCAGCGCACAGAAGCCAAUACGGACGCGCUUUUGGCUCUAGGCACACAGAUCUCAGACCUAAUGCAGCAACAGCUCAAGGAGCGCAAGCGUCUUAAUGCUAUAAUGGAGAAAUUUGUUCUCAAAAUCGAAACAACCGACUAACUAGUUCCACUAUUUUAAUUAUGGUUUGCUAAAGAAAAUAUUGAAAGUGUCCCUCAAGACCUAAUGUUUGACCAGGAAAGAAAGAUCUGUCCACUUUUUCAAACAUUUAAGAUUAUUAUAAUUAAUGUAAACUAGGCGCAUAAUGGGGAACCAUGGGCAUUUUUGAGAGAUGUGAAACGUCGAUUGGACAAACGAUAAAAUAAACAAUUUGUUUGCUUUGGCAAAUAUUUUGAUACUCAACAGACACGCAAUUGGUUUUGGCGGGAACCUUUUGAAUUGAAUUUUCUUGUCAAAAUUGUGUAGUGUACUGUUUUUUAAUCCCAAUAUCGUUUCUGGGUCUUUCGUUCAACGGUUUCCGGGUCAGAGGCUCACGAAUACAAUUAUUGAUGAGCAUAUGAAUGGGAAAAUUAUGCAUUAAUGACUAUGAACUAUACAAUUCUUAAAUAAGCUGCUUUUAUAGUAUUGCUAGUUAGGCUUG